AAUCAAUUCGAUCAACAUUCAACACUUAUGUGCUGUUUCUACUAAUUGUACAAAUAUUUUGAAUUUAUUUUAAAAUCUAAAUAUCUUUAUUAAAACGUUACAUCAUUUUAUUCUAUCUAAUAUUCUUUUAUCGAUUUCAUUAGAUUCCAAUUUAUGCGCAACCACGGAAUAAUGUAGCCCAGUGAUUUGUUUAUUAUUACCGUAUGGCACCGAAUGUAAUAUAAAAUAAUAUAUUAUAUUAUUUUUUAUUUGUUAGACUGUAACAUUUUAAAUUUAAUCUAAUAUUAACUAGUGCAUUUCACUUGUUAGUUAUUAGUCUUAAUUUAAAAUAGACCUAGAUAUAUCGGAGAAAAUGGCAGUUUUACGUGUAUUCUCACUUGUUCCUCUGCUCUCUGCCUCUUUAAUAUGGAUAUAUUAUCUUAUACAGCAAGCGCCAAUCACAGAAAAUCAAUGUACGAUCAAUUUUCUAUUUCCAAAAAAAAUGGAUGAUAUCACCAAAUUAAACUCAUGUUUAAAACAAUAUUACCAAAACAACUACCUCUACAUUUUGACUUUGUACAGCAGUAUUUAUAUAUUUAAACAGACAUUCUGUAUUCCUGGUUCGAUAAUAUUGAAUGUGUUAGCAGGAUCGUUAUUCGGAACGGGCUACGGAUUCCUGUUAGUAUGCAUUUUAUCGAGUAUUGGCGUGUCGGCAUGUUAUUGUAUGUCUAAAUUGUGUGGUCUCGAAGAAGUUAUAACGCAAUUUCUACCUAGUCAAUUGACUUCAGCUAAAAUUUCAUUAGAAAAUUUGGUGAAGAAAAACCAAGACCAGCUAUGGUAUCUUCUUACAGUUUUACGAGUGAUUCCAAUUACGCCAAAUUGGUUAUUAAAUUUGGUUGCGCCAGUUAUAAAAAUUCCAUUAUGGACUUUUAUGUAUACGACAUUUUUUGGUUUGAUGCCGUACAAUUAUAUAUGCUGUCAAAGCGGCCAAACCCUUUCCAGUAUCAACUCUUUAGACGAAAUAUUUACAUUCAAAACGACAUUACAGUUGAUGUCCAUUGCCGUGGCUAUGGUGAUGAUUAAAGUUGCAUCAAAAUUUUGUAAAAUACAAACUUAACUUUAACUAGGUUAUUUUAAUAAAAAUACAUUUACAUAUUA